AUGUGCUCUCCAACAACCUGUGACUCGACCAAUAACACAAGGCACGCGUUUUAUGACCUUGUCAAGGAUCAGGCGUUCUGUGCGAUUGUUUCGUUCGAUCUCGAUGUACCGCUUGUCCCCGGCUGUGAUGACAGUCGGGUCGAAUCCAAGCUGUCCUUCGCUCAGCCAUGGGAACCCGAGCACGGCGGAAACGUAUUGCAGCCCCUCUUCAUUGACGUCGAACGGCGAAGAGGCGAUCUCCCCAAGUCGGAUGAAGUUCUACAGCUGCAUGCGCGAUCCACACAGUGUAAAGCCGAGUACGAAGCGUCGACUGUCCUAAGGGGCGAGGACCUCACGGGCUCAUCGUCUGAGGUCGAGCCAUGCUUUAGAAGUUACAUCAGCCAAUAG